AUGGAUACGCGUUUGGGUCUACUCGCCGUGCUGGUGCUGCUGGCGGCGCCCAUCUGGACGCUGGAGCUGCCCCACAAUGCGACUGCGGCUGGCGAGAGCGGACUGCUGCGCACCAUGCGGCACGUGUGGACGCAGUGCGCCGAGAGCGAGGAUAUUUUUUGGUGCUGCAAGCUGCAGGGAGCCCGCCUGCUUGGGCGCGCUCUUAAGGUGCAGCAGCUCAGCAUUGUGGAUGGCAUUAAUCUGGUGAGGCGAGCAGGCGGCGAGGACACGCGCACAGGACGCGCCAGCAUUAGCGAGCAUCAGCUGAACAAUCGCGAUCUCGAGCACAUGUCCAGCAAGAGCCUGGAUGCCCUGCUGCUGGAGCGCUUCCUCAACUUCCUGCACAGCCACCAGCUGCAGGUGAAUCUGCCACGACUGCUGCGCUACGGCGAACGCAACAGCCAGGACUGGCUGCAGUCGCUGCUGGGCUACUUCAUGAACGGCGAGCAGACGGGCGUGGACAGCGAAGGGCGCAAAAAGAAGGACGACAAGAAGUAUCUGGGUCCGUUCAUAGCCGCCGUGCUGCUAAAGACGGCCAUACUGAAGAUGGCCUAUCACUCGAUAGCCAUUGUGGCUGGCAAGGCGCUGAUCGUGGGCAAGAUUGCGCUGAUCAUCAGCGCCAUCAUUGGGCUGAAGAAGCUGGUCAGCCACGACGGCGGCGAGAAGACCACCUAUGAGAUUGUCAAGCAUCCGCAGGUGCAGCAGAGCCACACCUACUCGUCGAGCCAUCAGGGCGAGUACGAGAGCGGCGGCCAUGACGGUGGCUCCUAUCAUCGCAGCAUUGACGACGAAAUGAUGAUGCAGGACAAGGCCUACCACGCCUGGUUGCCACAGGCUGGCGCUGGAGCCGCAGCUGGAGGACAGGGAGCUGCCUCUGGCGCCUCCAGCAAGGUCAAGCGAUAA